AUGGAGUGUUUGCACGGAAAAACUGCUUCCAAUUCAACUACAGACAAGGGUUCCUUUUGGUUUUGUGGACAGAAGCCCAGCUGUGGAUUUCUAUGUACAGAAGAGGACGGUUAUCUGUUCCAGACAGCUCUGACAGCUUGGAGAGCCACAGGUUUGACGCAACCAAUAUGUGAGAGUCACCAAAAGCCCGCGAAGUUUCGUGUAGUUAAAGACAUGCUGAAAAAGUCUUAUGGGCGACCGUAUUUUACGUGUGCAAGUCGGGAGAAUCCUUGCAAUUUGAUGAAUGCUGUGAUUAUUGAAGGAGAAAUGUCCAGGCUGUGA